AACACGUACGAAUUGAAUAAACACGGAGGAAUCGAGGGCAGCCGAUCAGAUCCUAACCGGGAGCACGAUAUUUGCCGAUCAAAGGAUGGGAAAUCCGAUCAUCCGGAGACGGCGUUGGGAAUUCGGGUGGAAGUCGAAGGGAAAAUACCGGAGCAGGUGGCAAAGUCCGUUAACGUGGACCCAGGUUCUGGAGGCGAGAUGGAAGAAGGUCUCACCAAAGACACCGACGCUAACUUGGACCGUGGAAUAUCGGCGGAGUUGGAUAAAACCACCGAUGGCUUCCCAUGUGCUGAAGGGAAAAUGGAGGCGAGACUCCCAGAGGUCCAGGGGGAAGUGAAGGAAGAAUUGGAAGACAACGGAGCAGACGAUGAGGCGAUGAUACCCCGCGAGGGGAUCGUGCGGCUCGACCAGCUGACUGCCGCGGACGCCCGUGUCGGAGAGCUGGAGUUGAAGCUGAAGGAAGUCGAGACGGAAAACCGGGAUUUGCGGAGCGAGUUGGAUAACACCAAGCAGGAAUUCGAGAGCAAGACGCGGGAAGGGCAGAAGGACAAGCGGACAGCAGCGGAGCUGAGGAGGAAACUAAAGCAGGCUGCGGAAAGACGGGCCGCGGAGGCCGCGCGCACCAGCGAGCAGGCCGGGCAGAUCGCCGCUUUGGAAACGGCGCUGGAGCAAGAGAGGGCUCGUGUGGCCAAAGCACAAGAGGCCAACCAGGCCGAAUUGGGAGGAGUCUUGCAGCCGGCGGCUAUCGCCGAAUGCGAUGGCGGGGAACCGAGCGGCGACGUUCCGAUCCUGCAGGGCGCCGCGGCGGAGAAAAUGCGACGACUCGCUCAACAAAUUGCGCGGCUGGAAGGCGACAAGACUUGCGUCGAGGAGAUCAUAGAGGCGCAGGAUGGGGCAGUGAAUGAGAAAGGCAGAGCCUUGCUGGAAUAUUUAAAGGGCAAGGAUGCUCACAGCCUCGAGCUCGACGACAUUGCUUCAUUCUUCCCAAACUGUUUGCGUAGCGUAUCCUGGGAAAAGACGGAGCACACGCCCAAUGAGGGGGACGUUUCUUCCGUGGAAACGGCGGGAGAGGGCGAGACGAGCAGCGGUCAGGAGUUGCUCCCGGAACUCCUCGAGAGCGGGGUCUGUGAGCUCGGCGGCCAGUUCCGGGAGCGUUUGGAAGAACUGCAGCGAAAAUGCGACGGACUUACCAGGGAGAAGGAGGAAGAAGGAGACGCCAAGAGGCGCGCCCAGGGUAUGUUCGAUGACCUGCAGUCUCGCAUUCACAGGGAGACCCAACAGCUGACGGUGGCCCUGGAUGCCCAGAGCAAGAAUAUCGAGGGCCUCCUCCAGAGCCUGGGAGAGAAGGAGCUCAACAUCCAGGUCUUAAAUGGACGUCUGCAGAGCGCGUUGCUAACGUUGUCUUCCCUCAGUCAGGAGAAUCACAGGCUGAGAGCCGAUUCGAAGACCGUCGCGGAGAUUUCGUGUACCAGCCCUGACAAGGGAGCUGCCCCGGGACAGGACACUGGAGAAACUCCUCAAGGCCACCAAAUUGAGGGGGGAAAUCGCAGUUCGCAGUCAGUCGAAAAAUUGGGCCAAAAGCCAGCUUCCUCCGCGAGAGGAUCUGCUCACGAAAAUACACGGCGAUCACAGUUUGAAACGGUGGAACGGUCAGAGCCUGGAUUCCACGAACAUUCCCUCCAGGGUGGAGUGAACGCAUCACAACAUAAGCCAUCUGGGGAAGAGAAGGGGCCCUCCGUGAAUGAUCCAGCCACGCAAAAUGUGCCCGAGGUGGGAGAGGAUGUUGAAAAAUGGCAGCAACCACCGGCAAAGGGAAACGGCAAAGCCAUUGACCGUAAUAAUGAUCAGUCGAUCGUACCAGGAGGGGGGAAGGCAAAUUCUACCUCAUCUGCAGGACCUCCACAAGGAGACAUGGAGAUGUCCUCCACACUUCCUCCUGGUGCCCAAGCGAAGAGGGAUGUUGAGAGUCGACGGCCACCCAGGGAACUGGGCCACGAGGGCAGUGGCAGUGGCAGUACCGACCCAGCGCAGAAUAGCCAAAGCAUCAGAUCUUCUGAUGGUUUGCCGGUGAAGGUUGAUGAUCCGGCAGAGGGGCUGAUGGUCCUUCACGCUGAGGCGGCCCAAGCUGAACCACGAACAAUAGCCAGUGGACAUUCCCCAACCAAAGUUCUUGCGAGUGAAGAAAAGUCGGAGGAAGGGCUGAUUGAAGAAGACUUUGAAGAGGAAGGUGGCGGCGUGAAUGAUCCGACUCUGGGAGCAGUCCACAGUCUGAGCGGCGAGUUAAACAGCCCCAACGACGAAUGCACGAUUCUGAAACGGGGGAAGGAACAGCUUGGUUCAGAAGCGCGGAGAGCAGCAGACGGCUCGCCACGCGAGAGGGAGAACUCGGUGAACGCGAUCCGAUCCGGCGAAGAUCAGCUGGGGGUGAGCAGCGACGAGCGGAAGCGUCUUCGGCAGGAGCUGGGCGCGCUGCGGGAGUGGAAGCAGGAGGUCUUGGGAGAUGUUGCCACCUUGGAAGCCGAGAGAGGAAGCAACCGAGCGGAACUGCACUCGUUACAGGGCUCGGUGCGUGGGAUGCAGAACCACGUCAAGGCACUGGAAGCGGAGCGCGGGGCAUUGGAAGACACAGUUGAAAGUCUGAAGCACUCUGAGAAGCACCUCUACCAAGAGCUGGAGCAAGCCCACUUUGAGAAGUCUGUCCUGCAGAUUCAGGUUGAGACUCUGCAGAAAGCAGCGGUUGACCUGAAUGAAGAGAAAAUUAAUCUGCUGAGCAGGCUGAAGCAACGAGAGAAUGCGUCUGAGGAUGAGGACUUGUCCACCGAACAUCUACAGUGCAGUGGCCUUCAUGACGAGCCAAUGACUGAUCAUCGGCAAGGUACUGCAGAGGUCACAGCGAGCCAGAUGCACGCUGACCUGAUGGCUUUGAGACAAGCCGUGCGGGAGAAAAGCGAAGAGGUCGACAGGAACCUUCUCGUCUACACAGACUUGCUGGAGAAGCACCAAGACCCGGAGACUGCCGACGAAACGUGGUCCGCGGUCACUGAGCCGGCCUAUCGGGACAACGCAGCGGGGAUGGCCGCGGGUUCGGAGCGUGGAUCGGUCUCCGGGCAACAAGCGGUCGGCCGUUCCGUCGAGCGGGACCAGGCCGAGACCAGCCCGAGGCCGCCUCAUCACGGUCAACCUCGAGGUCCCUCGGCUGGGUUGAACCCCGCGGCGCUCGCCAUGAAAAUCGACCCCGCCAAGCUCGCCGAGAGAAUACGCAGAAGCCGCCAGUUCCGGCACCAUCUGUCUGUGGCCUACGAUGAAACGGAAUACGAGCCCUAUGGGCUUCCUGAUGUGGUGCAGAAGGGCUUUGCUGACAUUCCUUCCGGAUCUUUCUGCCCGCAUAUCCUGCGUCGAGGAAUUCUAAAUUCCACAUUUUGCCCAGCGCAACCGGAUGACGGAAACACCGACUAACCUCUGGCAACCGAGGGUGGUAAGAAAAUGGCCACAAGUCAAUGGAGCCUUCCAAUGGACGAUGGGCGUUCCUGGAGGAAACGGGAAUCUGCCUUACGAUCGAUAUUUCGCCAGCCUCGUUAAAAUAAGAACCUGUUUAAAGGUUCUUACUUGGAUACGGUUGAUAUGUACGUGCCUUUUCAAAUAUCGAUGUGUAUAAGAAAAUCUCAGGCUCAUCGAGUCUCUCUCUAGAGGAGAACAAACGUUACUGGUUGUGCUUGUUCAAAUUCCUUGGUGCAAUCUUAAUUUAUUUGAGUUUUUUUUUCAAUUUUCAUUAAAAAAUAAAUCUGUCUAUUUAAAAAUAAAUAGAGCGGCACUUUGCAUUGGACCAGAUAGACACAGUGCAGGGCAAUGUGAUCCUGUCAGUUCUCCUCCUGCUACGAAGGGCCGAAUGGCCUAUAGAAUUAGGCCAUUCAGCCCAUCAAAUCUACUCCGCCAUUCAAUCACGGCUGAUCUAUCUCUCCCUCCUAACUCCAUUCUAGUGCCUUCUCCCCAUAACCCCCGACACCCAUACUAAUCAAGAAUCUAUCUAUCUCUGCCUUAAAAAUAUCCUUGGCCUCCACAGCCUUCUGUGGCAAUGAAUUCCACAGAUUCACCACCCUCCGACUAAAUAAAUUCCUCCUCAUCUUCUUCCUAAAGGAACGUCCUUUAAUUCUGAGGCUGUGACCUCUGGUCCUGGACUCUCCCACUAGUGGAAACAUCCUCUCCACAUCCACUCUAUCCAGGCCUUUCACUACUCUGUAUGCUAAAAUGAGGUCUCCCCUCAUUCUUCUAAACUCCAGCGAAUACAGGCCCAGAGCCGUCAAACGCUCAUCAUCAUAUACGUUAACCCACUCAUUCCUGGGAUCCUUCUCGUAAACGUCCCCUGGAUCUUCUCCAGAGCCGGCACAUCCUUCCUCAGAUAUGGGGCCCCAAAAUUGCUCACAAUAUUCCAAAUGCCGUCUGAUCAGCGCCUUAUAGAGCCUCCGCAUUGCAUCCCUGUUUGUUGUAUUCUAGUCCUCUUAAAAUAAUUGCGUUUUCCUUCUUUACUACCGAUUAGUUGUAAUUUAACUGCCUACAUAUAUGCUGUAGAAAAUGGGUGCAGGAUUAGGCCAUUCGUCCCUUUGAGCCAGCACUGCCAUUCAAUAUGAUCAUGGCUGAUCAUCCCCAAUCAGUACCCCGUUCCUGCUUUCUCCCCAUACCCCUUGAUCCCAUCAGCCCUAAAAGCUCAAUCAAACUCUCUCUUGAAAACAUCCAGUGAAUCGCCCUCCACUGCCUUCUGUGGCAAAAAAUUCCACAGAUUCACAACUCUCUGAGUGAAGAAGUCUUUCCACAUCUCAGUCCUAAAUGGCCUACCCCUUAUUCUUAAACUGUGACCCCCCCCUUCCCGGCCCCUGGUUCUGGACUCCCCCAAUAUGGGGGACAUUUUUCCUGCAUCUAGCCUGUCUAAACCCUUAAGAAUUUUAUAUGUAGCAGCUUCCAACGUGGCCUUAAAGAGGAAACAAUAAAUAUAUGAUGAGAAAAAAUUGUAAAGCCACUGGGAAUGGAAAUAAUGGAUUGCUCUGGCAAAGAGCUAGCACGGGCAUGAUGGGACAAAUGGUCUUUGCAGCCAUCAUUCUGUUAUUUUGAAUGUUGUUCCAUUGAGACUGCAUGUCUCACCAGUUGAAGGUCUGAAGAAGGGUUUCGGCCCGAAACGUUGCCUAUUUCCUUCGCUCCAUAGAUGCUGCUGCACCCGCUGAGUUUCUCCAGCAUUUUUGUGUACCUUCGAAGGUUUGUUAUAGUUCGUUCUGUUGAUAUUGGAAAUAAUGUCAUGUUACAAUUUAAGAUAUGGCUACAAUAGAGAAUUUUAUUGGCAAUAUGUGGCUUCAUAUAGUUGUUUAUCCAAUUUUCAACAUUGCAUUGUAUUUGUAAAUAGGUGUUGGGAUCUUGUUUUAAGGGUUAUUUAUUGAUCAUAUUUUAUCUGGAAUUUUGUCAACUGUGAAAACACUAUUAUAUUCCUUAUUUUCAUUGCCAUUGUAUACAGACUUGUCAUGAUCAAAAUCGUUGUUAUAUGGAUAUCAUUGGUCACAAGGAACAGAAAUAGAUCAUUCGGCCCAUCAAGUCUACUCCGCCAUUCAAUUAUGGCUGAUCUAUCUCUCCCUCCUAACCCCAUUCUCCUGCCUUCUCCCCAUAACCUCUAACACCUGAGUUCUAUUACAGCGCCGGAGACCCGGGUUCGAUCCCGGCUACGGGCGCUGUCUGUACGGAGUUUGUACGUUCUCCCCGUGACCUGCGUGGGUUUUCCCCGAGAUCUUCGGUUUCCUCCCACGCUCCAAAGACGUACAGGUUUGUAGGUCAAUUGGCUUGGUAUAAGCGUAAAAAAAUUGUCCCCAGCGUGCGUGUAGGGUAGUGUUAAUGUGCGGGGAUCACUAGUCGGUGCCUGUUUCCGCGCCGUAUCUCUAAACUAAACUAAACUACUUGUUUAAGAAAGAUCUGCAGGUGCUGGAAAAAUCGAAGGUAGACAAAAUUGCUGGAGAAACUCAGCAGGUGAGGCAGCAUCUAUGGAGCGAAGGACUAGUUCCUAAAUCUCAGUCCUAAAUGGCCUACCCCUUAUUCUUAAACUGUGACACCCCCUCCCGGCCCCUGGUUCUGGACUCCCCAAACAUGGGGGCCAUUUUUCCUGCAUCUAGCCUGUCUAAACCCUUAAGAAUUUUAUAUGUAGCAGCUUCCAACGUGGCCUUAAAGAGGAAACAAUAAAUAUAUGAUGAGAAAAAAUUGGAAAGCCACUGGGAAUGGAAAUAAUGGAUUGCUCUGGCAAAGAGCUAGCAUGGGCAUGAUGGGACAAAUGGCCUGUGCAGCCAUCGUUCUGUUAUUUUGAAUGUUGUUCCAUUGAGACUGCAUGUCUCACCAGUUAAAGGUCUGAAGAAGGGUUUCGACCCGAAACGUCACCUAGUCCUACGCUCCAUAGAUGCUGCCUCACCCGCUGAGUUUCUCCAGCAUUUUUGUCUACCUUUAAACAAAACUGUACUUGAGUUUUGCUCCAUCUUCUGAGAUGCAGGUUUAGAAUUGCUUCCUUUAAAUCUUUGAAUUCAAAAUUUUACGUGUGCAAAUGUCCUUUGUGCUCAAUUGUCGAAUCUAAUCUGCAAUGUAAAACGUUCACUCCCUGAGAGACUGAUUGCUUUUGAGAUACCUCAUGUGAAAUCUUUGAAGUUUUCUCUGUUCUCAAUUUGUUCAGACUAUUGUUAGUGUUUACCCUGCAUUAAACAUUUGAACUGUCGGCCCUUCAGUGGGCGAAAACAUCUUGUGCCUCUAACUAAAAUAUAAUUACAUGCCCUUGCAAUGGA